AUGGCUAGGGACGCUCCCAGCUGUCCGAGGAGGGUUUUGUCGUGCGCACGGUGCCGGAAACGUAAGAUCAAAUGCGACAGAGUCAUUCCAGUAUGUGGCCAAUGCAGUGCGGCGAAAGCCACUUGUGCUGGCUUCAGCAACGCCAACCAGGACAUUGACGUGCCUCGAAGCGUCGUUCAGUUUCUUGAGUCCGCAAUCGCCAAGCUUGAGAUUGAGCUCUCAACUGACGCACAACCAUCGCUGCCGUCUACCUCUCCUGUACAUGCGACCACAGACUCAGUACGGACCAAUACUCUAAGGACAGCUCAAGUGCUGGGCAGAGAUGGUGGACCAGAGGCUGAGUUCAUCAACAGCCCGGCCAUAUCUGCCAUUGUCGGGGCCACCACACCAAUUGAUCCCAGCUUAACGGAUCUGGUAUCUCGAGUGCGCAUGGGUCUGACCCCCUCCUCCGUCCUCCCAGCAAUAUCAGGCACAAGUCCAGAAGGUCGUCGUGGGGUCGUGUCAGUCUCUGUCGACAGCAAUCGCGUGGAAUGCUCGACUCUGUUGACCUUACCAGACAAUGUCAUCAACGCUCUUACGCGCAAGUUUGUGCGGCAUGUGGUGCCACAGAUGCUAUCCUACUUGCAACAGAGAUCACGGACCACCUUAACGCCGUACUUGCCAAAUUACGCAAAUCAGAGGCUGGCAGAUCCGCCGAAUGCGUACAGCCAUCAUUCGACUUUCUGGUGA